AUGUUGCCUCCUGCAGCCAUGCCACCACCACACAGCAUCGACCAGAAACCACCGUUCAGCAUUCUCCUGCCACCACCGUCCAGCAUGAAGCUGGAACAAUUGCGUAAAUUGGACAUGGCACACCAUCGCCGCCUGCUCCUGACACCACAGCGCCACAUGAACCUGCCACCACCGUGCAGCAUGAACCAGCCACUGCCGUGCAAAAAGAACCUGCCACCGCUGUGCAGCAUGAACCUGCCUCCUCCGUGCAGCAUGGACCUGCCACCAAUAUGCAGCAUGAAUCUGCCUCCUCCGUGCAGCAUGAACCUGCCUCCUCCGUGCAGCAUGAACCUGCCUCCUCCGUGCAGCAUGAACCUGUCACCAUAUUGCAGCAUGAACCUGACACCAUAUUGCAGCGUGGACCUGCCACCACCAUGCAGGUACUGUUCCUAUCAGCAAAACCUAAUAUUUUGA